GCCCCUUUCAUACAUAGUGUUAUUUCUUGUUUCCAACAACUGUAGGAAGAAGGUAGAACCCCAUUUUACAGAUAAGGAAACAAAGGCUUAGCAAAGUUAAUAGCUUACUUUGGGGCUCAAAGCUAGUAAGGGCUGGUGCCAGGAGUGAACAUGGGGCCCUGCCUUGAGAGCCCGUGCCGUCGUUAAUCUCAGGGCACUGUGCAGCCUACCUGUUCAUUCACUGCCAUCUGAGUCUUGGGCAAGCAUCAAAUGGGCGUAGGUAUGAAAUUUAUUUUCAGAUAUAAUAAUUGUUUCAAGGUAAAACCUUUGGGUCUUAUUUUACCUAGAAUCCGUACAUUCAAAGUACAAGUGAUAAAAUCAGCUCAGCAACUCUAGUAUGUACAUGAAUUAAAAAGAAGUCAAUCUGAUGAGAGAUUUCAUCAGAAUAAAGUGUAUAAGUGGAGUUGGAAAUCUGAGUGAUGGAGUGCUUGCCAUUUGGGUAAGUGUAAUGAGUUUGAAAAACUAAUUAUAUUGAUAAAGUAUCUUAGGGCCUUUCAGAACAUAGUUCUAAAAGUUUUAUUUAGUGUUGAAUUUUAAAAAUUCUUUGUCUUAAAAAUAAAAGUACAUUGUAGUCUUUCCCUCCAUUUUUAAAAUGAACUGUUAAUCUAGGAGGUCCUGUUUGUGUGUUGAUUUGGGGAGUUUGCCCAACAUUUGCUAUGUUAAAUGCUUAUUAACAUGGUUUAUUACUUUUUUUUUGUUUUUUAGAAAACAUUAAUCAUGAAUGUACUGGGACUUGGGAAGGAUCCUGUAGUUUAUGAGAUAGUUGGCCAAAUCCCACCUCCUCCAACAUAACCUGUGAUUAUUAAAAUAUGAUACUCUUAUUUAAUCCCCUGGUCAAGCUAAAUGAUAAUGUGAAACAAAGCUAACCAAAAUCAGGACACCUGAUAUCAAGAAUUCAUGAAAUCAAAAGCCAUUACAGAGCAAGGAAUCUAAUGCUUUUGCUUCUUAUCCUUUUCAUACAAAUAAAAUAAGCUUCACUGGGCUUGGUGAGUCUUAGAAAUGAGAGGUUUGAGAAUAAGAUCCAUUGUGGAGUGUGUGACAUUACAAAAACAAGCCAACUAAGCAGUUUAUACUGUCCCCUUAGAGUGCACACGUUCGGGCUCCGAUGCCCCUUGAAAAGACUGCAUUUCUGGAAGGGAAAAGUAAAAAUGCAGAUUCCACCGUGCGUGUGGAAGGCAGGGAUGAAAAAGCCCAGACAAGCGUCAUCUUGUUGAGUCUCUUUACUGCAACGAGGCUGACGGAUGGGGUUUUUCAAAACGUCGCUGCAACCAGAUGCAGGGCUGCAGCUUUGCUUACCGCAGCGUGCUGCAGUUGUGUUUAUUUCAGGGACAGACACAAGGGGAAGCAGCAGCCAGAGCACACCCGGGCCGCUCACGGGAAGCCUUGCUGAAGAAAGAGGAUCCGCAGAAGCUGGGAAAUUCCUCCCGCAGCCUAGGCGGAGACUGAGCCGCGGCUCAGGUUGAGACAGUGGGGCAGGGGCAGGGGGCGGCGCUCCCGGCCCAUCCCUUAGCCCCGCGGCGGCCGUGUGGGCCGGAGGCUGCCUGCACCGCGUCAGGGAGGCCGGCCCAGAAACCCUCCCUCCCAGAAGAAAGCCGAUCCCAGUUCAGGUGGGGUCUUCCUCGGUUGCGUACCUGGCUGGAGCCAAGCUGGUGGGCGGCCGGCAGCCGGCGUUUCUGGUGAUGACAGCCCCGAAAUGAAAGCAGCGCGGCCGCCGCCUCCGAGGGCUGCAGGGAGAUCAGCGCCCAGCAAAUAAGAAGCAAGUCCUGGACCCGGAGGAGGAGGAGCGGCCGAGCAUCUCUCGCUGCUCCGCGGUGUCCUUUAGAUGAGGACUCCCGGCCGGAGCCGGAGGUGGAUCCGCAGAGCUGCCUCUCGGCGCCUGACCCCGCGCUGACAUCACAACCUGUGACAGGCGCAUCACGCCCGGUACCUGCUCCCGGCCGCUGCCCGUCCUCCCAGCCUCUUUGUAUGCCGCAGACAUGGCCAGCCAGCAGGAUUCGGGCUUCUUUGAGAUCAGUAUCAAAUAUUUACUGAAAUCCUGGAGUAAUACUUCUCCCGUUGGCAACGGUUACAUCAAGCCUCCGGUUCCACCUGCUUCUGGCACGCACAGGGAGAAAGGGCCGCCAACCAUGUUACCCAUCAAUGUGGACCCAGACAGCAAACCAGGAGAAUAUGUCCUCAAAAGUUUAUUUGUCAACUUCACCACUCAGGCCGAACGCAAGAUUCGUAUCAUUAUGGCAGAGCCCCUGGAAAAGCCAUUGACAAAAUCUCUGCAACGUGGAGAAGACCCCCAAUUUGAUCAGGUCAUCAGCUCAAUGAGCUCCCUUUCUGAGUACUGCCUGCCUUCCAUUCUACGUACAUUAUUUGACUGGUAUAAAAGGCAAAAUGGCAUUGAGGAUGAAUCACAUGAAUACAGACCAAGAACAAGCAAUAAAUCAAAAAGCGAUGAACAACAGCGAGAUUAUUUAAUGGAAAGACGGGACCUCGCCAUUGAUUUUAUUUUUUCUUUAGUAUUAAUAGAAGUUUUGAAACAGAUUCCACUUCAUCCUGUAAUAGACAGUUUAAUACAUGAUGUUAUUAACCUGGCUUUCAAGCAUUUUAAAUACAAAGAAGGGUACCUUGGUCCCAAUACUGGCAAUAUGCAUAUUGUGGCAGACCUGUAUGCAGAAGUCAUUGGAGUGUUGGCACAAGCCAAAUUCCCUGCUGUAAAGAAGAAAUUUAUGGCGGAGCUAAAAGAAUUACGGCACAAAGAGCAGAACCCAUAUGUGGUUCAAAGCAUUAUCAGCUUAAUAAUGGGGAUGAAAUUCUUUCGAAUUAAGAUGUAUCCAGUGGAGGAUUUUGAGGCUUCUCUUCAGUUUAUGCAGGAAUGUGCACAUUACUUCCUCGAGGUCAAAGACAAAGAUAUCAAGCACGCCUUGGCUGGGCUUUUUGUUGAAAUCCUUGUUCCAGUCGCUGCUGCUGUUAAAAAUGAAGUAAACGUUCCCUGCCUUAGAAAUUUUGUGGAAAGCCUGUAUGACACCACGCUGGAACUUUCUUCUCGAAAGAAGCAUUCCUUGGCCUUGUACCCCCUGGUGACCUGUUUGCUCUGCGUCAGCCAGAAGCAGCUGUUCCUGAACAGGUGGCACAUUUUCCUCAACAACUGCUUGUCCAACCUUAAAAACAAAGACCCCAAGAUGGCUCGAGUUGCACUGGAAUCUCUCUACAGAUUACUUUGGGUUUAUAUGAUUCGAAUUAAAUGUGAAAGCAACACAGCUACUCAGAGCCGACUUAUAACCAUCAUCACAACACUUUUCCCCAAAGGGUCCCGCGGUGUGGUGCCAAGGGACAUGCCUCUGAACAUCUUUGUGAAAAUCAUCCAGUUCAUUGCCCAGGAACGUUUAGAUUUUGCAAUGAAAGAAAUCAUUUUCGAUUUUCUUUGUGUGGGAAAACCAGCAAAAGCAUUCAGUCUCAACCCAGAGAGAAUGAACAUUGGUUUACGGGCAUUCUUGGUCAUAGCUGAUAGCUUGCAGCAGAAAGACGGGGAACCUCCCAUGCCGGUUACAGGAGCCGUUCUUCCUUCAGGAAACACGUUGAGAGUAAAGAAAACAUAUUUGAGUAAAACGCUAACUGAAGAGGAAGCCAAAAUGAUAGGCAUGUCCUUAUAUUACUCUCAAGUACGAAAAGCUGUAGACAACAUUUUAAGGCACCUUGAUAAAGAAGUAGGAAGGUGUAUGAUGCUGACUAAUGUACAGAUGUUAAACAAAGAACCAGAAGACAUGAUCACGGGUGAGAGAAAGCCAAAAAUAGAUCUUUUCAGGACCUGUGUUGCUGCUAUUCCUCGACUGCUUCCUGAUGGGAUGUCAAAACUUGAACUUAUUGACUUGCUGGCUAGGCUCUCUAUUCAUAUGGAUGAUGAAUUGCGACAUAUUGCACAAAAUUCUCUUCAGGGUUUACUUGUUGACUUCUCAGAUUGGAGAGAAGAUGUACUAUUUGGCUUUACCAACUUCCUGCUCCGGGAAGUAAAUGAUAUGCAUCACACACUCCUUGAUUCGUCCCUGAAGUUGCUGCUGCAGCUGCUCACCCAGUGGAAACUAGUCAUCCAGACACAAGGAAAAGUCUAUGAACAAGCCAACAAAAUCAGAAAUUCAGAGCUCAUUGCAAAUGGCUCCAGUCAUAGAAUUCAGUCGGAACGAGGUCCCCACUGCAGUGUACUCCACGCUGUAGAAGGUUUUGCUCUGGUUUUACUCUGCAGUUUCCAGGUGGCCACACGCAAACUGUCUGUUUUAAUCCUCAAGGAAAUUCGAGCGUUAUUUAUUGCCCUGGGGCAGCCUGAGGAUGACGACAGGCCGAUGAUUGAUGUCAUGGAUCAGCUAAGUUCUUCCAUUCUAGAAAGUUUUAUUCAUGUAGCAGUUUCGGAUUCAGCAACAUUACCACUCACCCACAAUGUGGAUCUGCAGUGGUUGGUGGAAUGGAACGCAGUCCUGGUCAAUAGCCAUUAUGAUGUGAAAAGCCCUUCCCAUGUCUGGAUAUUUGCACAGUCUGUCAAAGACCCCUGGGUCCUCUGCCUCUUCAGCUUCCUCCGGCAGGAGAACUUACCCAAGCACUGCCCCACAGCCCUCAGCUAUGCCUGGCCUUAUGCCUUCACUCGGCUCCAGUCGGUGAUGCCUCUGGUGGACCCAAAUAGCCCAAUUAAUGCCAAGAAAACCAGCACUGCCGGCAGUGGAGACAACUAUGUUACUUUGUGGAGAAAUUACCUAAUUCUUUGUUUUGGAGUUGCAAAACCCAGUAUUAUGAGCCCAGGACACUUAAGAGCUUCCACUCCAGAAAUAAUGGCGACCACACCUGAUGGUACAGUGAGCUACGAUAACAAGGCCAUAGGCACCCCGUCGGUGGGAGUUCUGUUAAAGCAGUUGGUGCCUUUGAUGAGACUAGAGAGCAUUGAGAUCACAGAGUCCUUAGUUUUAGGAUUUGGAAGAACAAAUUCCCUUGUUUUCAGAGAAUUGGUAGAAGAACUUCAUCCAUUAAUGAAAGAAGCUCUGGAAAGAAGACCAGAGAACAAGAAACGCCGAGAACGGCGAGACUUGUUAAGGCUACAACUACUUCGAAUUUUCGAACUUUUGGCUGAUGCUGGUGUAAUAAGUGACAGCACAAAUGGAGCCCUAGAGCGGGAUACUUUAGCCCUGGGAGCUUUGUUCUUAGAAUACGUGGACUUGACCCGCAUGCUCCUAGAAGCUGAAAAUGACAAAGAAGUUGAAAUUCUUAAAGAUAUCCGGGCACAUUUUAGUGCAAUGGUGGCCAACUUGAUUCAGUGUGUUCCAGUUCACCACCGAAGAUUUCUCUUCCCCCAGCAAAGCCUGAGGCACCAUCUUUUCAUCUUAUUCAGCCAGUGGGCAGGACCCUUCAGCAUUAUGUUCACUCCUCUGGAUCGUUACAGUGACAGAAAUCAUCAGAUUACAAGAUAUCAGUAUUGUGCAUUAAAAGCAAUGUCAGCAGUACUGUGCUGUGGCCCUGUCUUUGACAAUGUGGGCCUUUCCCCAGAUGGCUACCUAUAUAAAUGGCUUGACAACAUUCUGGCUUGUCAAGAUUUACGAGUUCAUCAACUUGGCUGCGAAGUUGUUGUCUUGCUACUGGAACUUAAUCCUGACCAAAUAAAUCUUUUUAAUUGGGCAAUUGACCGAUGCUACACAGGUUCCUACCAACUUGCAUCUGGCUGCUUCAAAGCCAUAGCAACUGUGUGUGGAAGCAGGAACUAUCCCUUCGACAUAGUGACAUUGUUAAACCUUGUUCUAUUCAAGGCCUCUGACACCAACAGAGAGAUUUAUGAAAUCUCCAUGCAGCUCAUGCAGAUCCUUGAAGCAAAGCUUUUUGUAUACUCAAAGAAAGUCGCUGAGCAAAGACCGGGAAGUAUUCUCUAUGGAACACACGGCCCGCUGCCACCCCUCUACAGCGUGUCACUCGCCCUCUUGUCAUGUGAGCUGGCCAGGAUGUACCCUGAGCUCACACUCCCCCUCUUCUCAGAGGUAAGCCAGCGAUUCCCCACAACACACCCCAACGGGCGCCAGAUCAUGCUUACCUACCUGCUGCCCUGGCUGCACAACAUCGAGCUGGUGGACAGCAGGCUCCUCCUCCCGGGGUCGAGCCCCAGCAGCCCAGAGGACGAAGUCAAGGACCGGGAAGGUGACGUGACUGCUUCUCACGGGCUGAGAGGAAAUGGCUGGGGCUCUCCAGAAGCCACAUCACUGGUCCUGAACAACCUCAUGUACAUGACGGCCAAGUAUGGAGAUGAAGUUCCUGGGCCAGAAAUGGAAAAUGCUUGGAAUGCUUUAGCCAACAAUGAGAAAUGGAGCAACAACCUGAGGAUCACCUUGCAGUUCCUGAUUAGCCUCUGUGGGGUCAGCAGUGACACAGUUCUCCUACCCUAUAUUAAAAAAGUGGCAAUAUACUUGUGCCGUAACAACACCAUUCAAACCAUGGAAGAGCUUCUCUUUGAGCUGCAGCAGACAGAGCCUGUGAACCCCAUCGUCCAGCAUUGCGACAACCCGCCCUUCUACCGCUUCACGGCCAGCAGCAAGGCCUCCGCAGCAGCCUCAGGAACCACCUCUAGCAGCAAUACAGUGGUUGCUGGCCAGGACAAUUUCCCAGAUGCUGAGGAGAACAAGAUAUUGAAAGAAUCUGAUGAAAGGUUUAGUAAUGUCAUCAGAGCCCACACUCGCCUCGAGUCAAGAUACAGCAAUAGCUCUGGAGGAUCCUAUGAUGAAGAUAAAAAUGAUCCAAUUUCUCCCUACACGGGCUGGUUGCUGACUAUUACAGAGACCAAGCAGCCGCAGCCCUUACCGAUGCCUUGUACUGGAGGAUGCUGGGCCCCCCUGGUUGACUAUCUCCCGGAGACCAUCACUCCCCGGGGGCCACUCCACAGGUGCAAUAUUGCUGUAAUUUUUAUGACUGAAAUGGUGGUGGAUCACAGUGUACGAGAAGAUUGGGCGCUUCAUCUACCAUUAUUACUUCAUGCUGUCUUCUUAGGUUUAGACCACUACCGGCCUGAAGUCUUUGAACACAGCAAAAAACUGCUUCUUCACCUCUUGAUUGCCCUCUCUUGCAACAGCAAUUUCCAUUCCAUUGCUUCCGUGCUCCUGCAGACCCGAGAGAUGGGUGAAGCUAAGACUCUAACCGUGCAGCCAGCCUACCAACCUGAAUAUCUCUAUACAGGUGGCUUUGACUUCCUGAGAGAGGACCAGUCGUCCCCAGUGCCCGACUCAGGGCUUAGCUCAAGCUCCACCUCCUCCAGCAUCAGUCUGGGAGGCAGCAGUGGAAACCUCCCACAGAUGACCCAGGAGGUAGAAGAUGUGGACACAGCUGCUGAAACAGACGAGAAGGCAAACAAGCUCAUUGAGUUUCUGACGACCAGGGCAUUUGGUCCACUUUGGUGCCAUGAAGACAUCACACCUAAAAAUCAAAAUUCAAAGAGUGCUGAACAGCUCACUAAUUUUCUACGUCACGUUGUAUCUGUAUUUAAAGAUUCCAAAUCAGGCUUCCAUCUGGAGCACCAGCUGAGUGAAGUUGCAUUGCAGACAGCACUCGCAAGCUCUUCAAGGCACUAUGCUGGUCGUUCCUUCCAGAUAUUCCGGGCCCUCAAGCAACCUCUGUCAGCACAUGCCUUAUCUGACCUUCUCUCAAGAUUGGUGGAGGUGAUAGGAGAACAUGGAGAUGAGAUUCAGGGUUAUGUAAUGGAAGCGCUCCUAACCUUGGAGGCGGCUGUGGAUAACUUGUCUGACUGCUUGAAGAACAGUGACCUCCUAACUGUAUUGUCCCGCUCUUCCUCACCAGAUUUAAGCUCCAGCAGUAAACUAACAGCAAGCAGAAAGAGCACAGGACAACUAAAUGUGAACCCUGGAACCACCAGCGGCAACACCACGACUGCAGAACGGAGCCGGCAUCAACGAAGCUUCUCUGUGCCCAAGAAGUUUGGUGUCAUCGACCGAUCCUCUGACCCACCUCGAAGUGCCACACUGGACAGAAUUCAGGCUUGUACCCAACAAGGCCUCUCCUCAAAAACCAGAAGCUCAUCCUCCUUGAAGGACAGUCUCACGGACCCAUCCCACAUAAACCAUCCCACCAACCUACUGGCCACCAUCUUCUGGGUCACAGUGGCCUUGAUGGAGUCUGAUUUUGAGUUUGAAUACUUAAUGGCCUUAAGGCUGUUGAGCAGACUACUGGCACAUAUGCCACUUGACAAGGCUGAGAACCGAGAAAAGCUUGAGAAACUCCAGGCGCAGCUCAAGUGGGCCGACUUCUCCGGGCUGCAGCAGCUGCUGCUGAAAGGAUUCACAUCCCUCACCACCACAGACCUGACCCUGCAGCUCUUCAGUCUGCUGACACCAGUGUCCAAAAUAUCCAUGGUGGAUGCAUCCCACGCUAUUGGGUUUCCACUGAAUGUCUUGUGUCUCCUGCCCCAGCUGAUUCAGCAUUUUGAAAAUCCCAAUCAGUUCUGUAAGGAUGUAGCCGAAAGGAUUGCUCAGGUUUGUUUAGAAGAGAAGAACCCCAAACUUUCAAAUCUUGCGCAUGUCAUGACUCUUUAUAAAACACACAGCUACACGAGGGACUGCGCCACGUGGGUCAAUGUGGUCUGUCGAUACCUUCAUGAAGCAUAUGCCGACAUUACCUUGAAUAUGGUUACCUACCUGGCAGAGCUGCUGGAGAAGGGCCUCCCUAGCGUGCAGCAGCCCCUGCUCCAGGUGAUCUACAGUCUGCUCAGCUACAUGGACCUUUCUGUCGUUCCUGUCAAACAGUUCAAUGUGGAAGUUCUGAAGACGAUUGAAAAAUAUGUGCAAAGUGUUCACUGGAGAGAAGCUCUGAAUAUCUUGAAGCUGGUAGUUUCUCGGUCAGCCAGCCUUGUUUUACCUUCAUACCAGCACAGUGACCUCUCAAAAAUAGAAAUACAUCGAGUGUGGACGAGCGCUUCCAAGGAAUUACCUGGGAAAACCCUGGACUUCCACUUCGAUAUUUCGGAGACUCCAAUCAUCGGGAGGCGGUAUGAUGAGCUGCAGAAUUCUUCUGGGCGUGAUGGGAAGCCCAGGGCCAUGGCCGUCACCCGGAGUACAUCUUCCACUUCCUCAGGCUCCAACUCCAACGUCCUUGUUCCUGUGAGCUGGAAAAGGCCCCAGUAUUCUCAGAAGAGAACAAAAGAGAAGUUGGUGCAUGUCCUUUCUCUGUGUGGCCAAGAAGUAGGACUGAGCAAAAAUCCAUCAGUGAUUUUUUCAUCGUGUGGGGAUCUGGAUCUGCUUGAGCACCAGACAAGCUUGGUAUCUUCUGAGGACGGCGCCCGAGAGCAGGAGAACAUGGAUGACACCAACAGCGAGCAGCAGUUUAGAGUCUUCAGGGACUUCGACUUCCUAGAUGUGGAGCUGGAGGAUGGAGAGGAACUUCAGGGUGAGAGUAUGGACAAUUUCAACUGGGGAGUGCGCAGACGUUCUCUGGACAGCCUGGAUAAGUGUGAUAUGCAGAUUCUGGAGGAGCGCCAACUGUCAGGAAGCACUCCCAGCCUGAAUAAAAUGCACCAUGAGGAUUCCGAUGAAUCAUCCGAGGAGGAGGACCUCACAGCCAGCCAGAUCCUGGAGCACUCAGACCUAAUCAUGGCUCUCUCCCCCUCUGAAGAGACAAAUCCCAUGGAGCUGCUCACCACAGCCUGUGACUCGACCCCUGCAGAACCUCAUUCCUUUAACACCAGAAUGUCCAGCUUUGAUGCUUCCUUGCCUGAUAUGAAUAAUCUGCAGAUUUCUGAGGGUUCAAAGGCUGAAGCUGUUCGUGAGGAGGAGGACACCACUGUGCAUGAGGAUGAUCUUUCUAGUUCCAUCAAUGAACUCCCAGCAGCUUUUGAAUGCAGCGACAGCUUUAGCCUGGACAUGACUGAGGGGGAAGAAAAAGGCAAUCAGGCACUGGACCAGUUUACCCUGGCGAGCUUUGGAGAAGGUGACAGGGGAGUCUCUCCCCCUCCCUCGCCCUUCUUCUCAGCCAUCCUUGCCGCCUUUCAGCCCACAGCCUGUGACGAUGCUGAGGAGGCCUGGCGCAGCCACAUCAACCAGCUUAUGUGCGACUCAGACGGCUCCUGUGCUGUGUAUACAUUUCAUGUGUUCUCCUCCUUGUUUAAGAAUAUUCAGAAAAGGUUCUGCUUCCUAACCUGUGAUGCAGCCAGUUACCUUGGAGAUAACCUCCGGGGAAUCGGAUCCAAAUUUGUCAGCUCUUCCCAGAUGCUCACCUCCUGCUCUGAAUGUCCUACACUUUUUGUGGAUGCCGAGACUCUCCUUUCAUGUGGACUUCUGGACAAGCUCAAGUUCAGUGUGUUAGAACUGCAAGAAUAUUUGGAUACCUACAACAACAGGAAAGAGGCCACACUCUCAUGGCUUGCAAAUUGUAAGGCAACAUUUGCAGGAGGAUCAAGAGAUGGAGUAAUUACCUGUCAGCCAGGGGACUCCGAAGAAAAGCAAAUGGAAUCUCUUGCACAAUUGGAACUAUGUCAGAGAUUAUAUAAGCUACACUUCCAGCUGCUAUUGCUUUUUCAGUCCUACUGUAAGCUCAUCGGCCAGGUGCACGAAGUUAGCUCCAUGCCAGAGCUGCUGAAUAUGUCCAGGGAACUGAGUGACCUAAAGAAACACCUGAAGGAAGCCAGUGCAGUCAUUGCAGCUGACCCUCUCUAUUCAGACGGCGCGUGGGCCGAGCCGACCUUCACGUCCACUGAAGCGGCCAUCCAGUCCAUGCUGGAGUGCCUGAAGAACAACGAACUCGGCAAAGCUUUGCGGCAGAUCAGGGAGUGCAGAAGUCUGUGGCCCAAUGACAUCUUUGGAAGCAGUUCUGAUGAUGAGGUCCAGACACUACUGAAUAUUUAUUUCCGUCACCAAACUCUGGGACAGACGGGUACUUAUGCCCUGGUGGGGUCUAACCAGAGCCUGACCGAGAUCUGCACCAAGCUGAUGGAGCUGAACAUGGAGAUCCGGGACAUGAUCCGCAGGGCCCAGAGUUACCGAGUCCUCACUACCUUCCUUCCAGACUCCAGUGUUUCUGGCACUAGUCUCUGACAGGAGCCUCCUGUCCCCACUGGGUUCCAAACUGGCAGUGCUGCCAUGCUGGGGCAACGUCAUUCAGUGUCUUCUCGGCCUUCAAAAGGCUUGGACAGACUGUUCUCCCUCUUGUUACCUGUAGGGCUUCUUCUAAAGAGGAUGGCAGAACUUCCAACGUGUAGCAAUACUAUAAGAACCAAGGUAGCUUAGAACGUCCUGGACAGACUCCACUCGUCAUGCUGUGUGGCACAAAUGUGUUACAUUUGACCGAGCAUAUGCAACUCACUACUGAAGAAGUGACUUCCGUUGCAUACCAAAGCCAACUACACUGAACAGUACCUUCCUUUCUAGAAACAAUUUUAGAUUGGCAAAAGUGCAAUGUUUUCUUCACUCAAAAAAUUUUAUAUUCUCAAACAUGUACAUUCUUUCCCUGUCUUGUUCCAUUUUCUUUUUCCUUUCUUUCGUGGGCUGAGAAAGGGGCAGGCAAAAUGAAGCUGGCCACUGAAAACUGUAAGAUGGUCAAAAGCUGACAGCCUGUGUGUGUGAAAAGGGAAUUGUAAAUGGACUGCAAUGUAAUGUACACUGUAAUUUGAAUACAAUUACUGUAUCUAAAAGGAGCUGCUAUGAAGUACCUUUCUUAAGUUGCUAGGCUACUGUUUCUGAAAGCCCUGGAUCUCUUUGCACCAAAAAUGGUCCAGAUAGACUCUUUUUAAGGAUCUUGGCUGCUUUUUACUAGAAGGUUGCUUUUAUGAGCAUAUUUAUACUGCUGAAGGAUGAGUGUUAAUUUUAAUUAACUUUGCCAUUUUCUAGAGAAAACUUUCACAAUAUAAAUUCCAAGUCUUUUCACCUGUCAGGCAUGCAUAUUUUAGUAUCUGUUUGGAUAGUCAGAAGUAGAAUCAUAAAGGUAAAAUAUGAGUUGUUACUUUGUCUCUUCAAUGUCAUAUUUUAUGUUUAAUAUAUAUGUAAAGGGCCAUUCUUAAGUUCUCUCCUUAAACUUAAUGCUGUCAAGUGUUAGAUGUGUGCAUGCGAACUUGUUGCACAGCAGAAACAUAUUCAGAGUUUAUCUAUGUAACUUAUUCACUCUGUAAAUACAUUUAAAGUUUUUGUGAUGUAAGCUUAAUUGAUAUUCUGUUCAGAACUUUCUUUAGACUAAAAAAAAAAAAAAGACAAAAUACAUGUUGACCAUGGACUUUAUUUCUGGUUAAUGAAAAUGUUUGUCCUGGGCACACAUGAAGUUUUGCAUGUGGGUUGCCAAAGUAAUAACCCCAAGGGGCACCCCUCACAUGUAUGCUCUGAAUGGCACUCAUGGGGGUUAUGCUAUGCAUGGCCCUGUGAAGCUGGAGGUAAGUAUUAUCUCUUUGGAAGUUGGCAUCAAAACUGUGAGCUUCAACCAAUUCUCUGUAAUCAACCAAAGAGAAAAAUCAGAAAAAAGUGAGAGCUCUAAUUCUCCAUAACCUAUAAUUAGGUUGUCAUCCUUCAAAUUUGGAAAUUCAUUCUAUAGUGAGCAGGAAAAAGUAGUAGAGUUGUAAUUCUGUCACCAACACCUAUCCCCUAUCUACCCCACUAGGAAAACAGGGACACAGGGAGAAACAUGUAACAAUCUCAUUUAUGCUGUCUUCCUACUCAUAUUUUACAUGGACCAACAAAUAUAACUUGCUUUACUAGCAUAUGGCUACUGAAUCAUUGGCAGUAAUAUUCUAGGAGUAUUCUACAGAAGAGAGCCUAACCUAGGAUUUUUUUUAAUGUUGCCACAGAUGCAACUACUAGAUUUCAAUAAUUUUCUGGACUGCUGAAAACAUAUUUUUCUGAUGAUUUAUUUUUUCAACUUGCCUGAAAGAUGAUUUGCUAUGAUUCGUAGAAACAACUGAAUCAUGAUCUCUCUGAAAAAUAUCAUAAAAUAAGGUUUCUGUGGGUAACCGCAGUAGACAACUUCCAGAGAGUUGUGUUGGGAGCCACAGUAGAAAGAACAGAUUUGUCAUGAACUGAGUUUUCUACCAUGCCUUCUACCCAGCAGAGAACCACCGUGAUGGUUUACUCUUAAAAAGGGAAGAAAAAAAAGAGAAUUUCAACAGUACAUUGCAAUCCAAGAUAUUAACAUAGGAAGCAGUGGUUUGUGUUUUUCUCAAUUUUAUUUUUAAAAGGAGAUAUAUUAAUGUGAAAGAUUUCUUCUACUUUCCUCUAUCUCUUCAUCUCCUCUACUUUAAGUGGAGAUGGGAAAAAUUGUGUAGGAUGCAGCCCCACGCCAGCAGAGCCCAGCAAUAACUUUAGAUCUACCAGUCAAAUCUUGUCGGCUAUUGCUCUGUGCCUCUGUUACAGAAGCAUUAAUGUUAAUUGCCUUCCCCAGGGAUACAAAGAAGUAGAAGUACCAAAGGAAAGGGUAGAUAUUUAACAGAUGCCUCAGUGAUAAGAAAGAUGCCUCCUCGUGUCUCACUGUUUUCUAGCACUGAAACAUGAUACACUUUGUAUCCACCUGCAGAAUAAAGCAAUCCAGACAGGUGCUCUGUAACUUAGACAUCACUUGAUUAAAAUUAUAGUCUCCAAAUAUAGUGUUUUAGAAAAGACACUGCACAUUUUUAGAGGCACGUGAAUGUCAUUCCCACCUCUAACCCAUCUAAUGUUGGUGAGAUGUUAAGAAAAUGUGCCGAUGUUGCUGUGAAAUAAAGAUGCCUGUAAUCGUAGGCAUCACACACAUGCAUGAACAUCCAGAGUUAGGUCUCAAGGCUCUUCUGGUUCUAAGUCCUAACAAACAAUGAUCUUUUCAGUGAACUGUAGAAUUCUGGAAAGAAUAAGGGUACCUCCAGGCUGCUUACAUCAAUAGCUUACACGUGCUUCCUGAUGCCUGCCUUAACAACAAAAAAUUAGUGUCCAUGGGUGAGUAUUAGGGUGUGUUCAUUGUAUCUCAAUGAAACUAGUUUUUAAAGUUUUCAGUGCAUUUGUUUUAGAUCAAUUAAUAUUUGAAUACCUAUCAUGACCCAGGAUAUUUCUUUGUUCAGCAAAUAUUUAUUGCAUGCCCACUCUGGGCUAGGCACUGUUUUAGAGAACACCGCAGCUAUCAAAGCAGAUGUGGUCCCUGUUCCCAUGAGGCUCCUACAUUUGAGUGGAGGAAGAUGUACUUGUCUACGUUGGGUUAUGAUUAGUGCCAUGAACAACAAAACGGAUACAGUGAGUAAUGCGGACGGGGCUAUCUUAGCUAUCACUCUAAUAAGGUGAUAUCUGAGGAGAGAUCUGAAUGAAGUGAGGAUACAAUGGAUAACCAAGGAAAAGAGCAUUCCAGCAAAGGAAAAAACACAUGCAGAGACCUGGAAGGAGAAGGAGGGUCACUUUGUAAAAGGGACAGCAAGGAAGCCAAUGACCGGGUGAAAUGAGUCAAGAGAGCGUUCAGAGAGGACAGCCAAAAGCUCUGUGGGCCACAGCAGCACUUUGUCCCUUGCCGAGCAAGAUGGGAAGCCACCGAAUGUUUGCGGGCAGGGUAGUGACAUGCUGUGACUUAUGUUUAAAAGGAUUACUCCGUUUGGGAUGAUGAAGAAAAGCUCUAUAACAAAAGUUCCGUUGUGGUUAUACAGCAUUGUGAAUGUACUUAAUGCCAAUGAAUUGUGUACUUUAAAAUGGUAAAUUUUAUGUUAUAUAUGUUUUACCACAAUAAAAAUAAUUUUUUUAAAGGA